AUGGAACUAGUGGCUGAGGAGUAUCUAGAAGAGUUAAUCCAACGAAGUCUAAUUUUGGUUCACAAACGACGGGCUAAUGGAAGGAUCAAAACUUGUAAAAUUCAUGAUCUUCUGCGUCAGCUGUGCAUAAGAGAAGCUCAAAUUGAAAAUGUUGUGCUUGUCAUGCAUGAUAAUGUCCCCACUUACUUAGAAGGCAUAGAUUAUCAACGGCGAGUGAUGAUUACACUCCGGAAGCACAUUUAUCUUCCAAGGCACGAGUCUCUGCUUAAGGUGCUGGACGUACUUAAUACACAUCACUGUUUUUGCAAUGUAAUACCUGGACUUGUUCAUUUGAGAUAUGUUGCUGCAAAAAUUGACGAAGCUCCUUCACUAGCUAAAUUGUGGAACUUACAUACCAUAAUUUUUUUUAGAUCCCCGAUGACAGACUUGAACCUCCCACUAGAGAUCUGGACAAUGUCAAAGAUAAGACAUCUUGAUAUUGGACGGCAUAUACAUAUGCCUAAUCCUCUAGAGGCAGAAAGUCGUGGCAUUGGAGAACAACCUUUGUUUCUCAAUAACUUGCAGACAAUUGCUCUCCCUUCCUCUUCUUUUGCCGCGGAAAUCCUAAGAAGAACUCCCAAUCUACAGAAGCUAAAGAUUACAUCGGAAUCUACUGCUCACUGGUCUGUAAUUGUUGAUAGUCUCAAUAGUCUAAAGGGGCUUGAGGCACUACAAAUUUCAGCAGCAACAACCUGUUAUCCGAUCAGUCUCUCUAGCGAUAUUUUCCUGACUAAUCUCAAGAAGUUGAGAUUAUACUUUACAUUUUUUCCAUGGGAAAAUAUGACCGUGCUGGCUAAUUUGCCCAAUCUUGAGGUGCUCAAAGCACAUUGUGGAUUCAUGGGAACAGAUUGGAGACUAAAUCAAGAUGAUGUGUUUCUAAGAUUAAAGUAUCUAGAAAUUGUGUUCGGAUAUAAACUGGAAAGGUUCGAAGCAACUAGUGAUAAUUUUCCAAUGCUUGAGAACCUAAGACUGUAUGGGUUGCAUAACCUCGAGAAAAUUCCCCAGAGUAUUGGCGAAAUAACGACACUACACUUGAUCCAAAUAGAAAAUUCAAGAAGAACAAGAAAGCUGGGGAAAUUAUGA